AUGACAGUGGCACUUCGCAAGAAUCUUAAGUUGUCUCCAAAAUGUUAUGGACCAUUUGAGAUAAUAGAAAAGAUUGGUCAAGUGGCAUACAAGUUGAGAUUGCCUAAGAAAGUGGGAGUUGAUGUGAAGAUACAAGAAUCCUUGCCAAUUAUUUCAGCAGGUGAAGAUUCCAUGACAGUAGUUCCGCAAGCAGCCCUAGACAGAAGAAUGAGAAGAAAUAAAGAAGAGAUCUUGGUGCAUUGGCAAGGACUUUCGCCUGCUGAAGCUACUUGGGAAGAUUAUCAAGCAAUGAAGACAAGGUUUCCAGAAGCCUCCCUUGAGGACAAGGGUGCUGUCUAG